GACAAAGCAGUCCCUUUUUGGUAAUUUAAAAUAAUAUAAAACACCUUCAGUAGCACCACCACACCGGAGAAGUUCCAAAAAACCCACAAAGCCGAAGAAGCAUAACAAAAUUGAGGAGAGAGGAUCACUGUACGACGGCUCGAUCUACGGCUUGAUCUUUUCAUGCUCUCGAAAGUUCUCAAUUUACGAUCCGAUCGUCAUCAAAUAUGGUUUCAAUACGUUUGUCAAUUUGUUGUUAAUUAUUCUGUCAUUGAGUAUUGAUCAAUUAUUUUGAUUCCUGUUUGUGUUCGUGUUUGCCCUAAUUUUGAAUGGUCAUGACGGCCGAUUCUUCAACAAAUAACCAUUCCCCACGUUCUCCGGUUACUCCCGGCGGCGACGGCGGCGACAAUGGUCCUCAGUUGCAACGGCGGAGUAGUUUACCGUGGGCCCAAGUUGUUCGUGGCACCGAGCACGAAGCAAUCUCAGCCGUUUCUUGCUCUCCAUCAUCAUCAUCCUCGUCGCCGCCGCUUUCUGCGGCGGAGCAAACUUAUUUCUCUCCGAAAGCUCCGCCUGAAAAGUUUACACCGGAGACUCAGUUGGAGAGUUCCGAUGAUACUAACGACAAUGUCGGUCGUCCAAAGAAACCUGCCUGGAAAAAACCCUUGAACGGCGUCGUUGAGGUUAAUACGGUAAUGGGAGGUACUAUUUCUUGGCCUGCUCUCUCCGAGUCGACUCGUCCAACGCCUAAAUCGACUUCCGAUUCACCGAAAACGCCUUCUGAUAAGUCAGACUCUAUUUCUCAGGGACCUGUAAUUUCACACACACCUCAGAAUCAAGCCAAAACUAACGCAAACCCUAAUUUUACUCCCAACAAAACCAUGCUUGCUCGGCAGAAAUCGAUGAAGCAUCGUGGUGGCGGUGGCAUGGGAAGCGGACCGGCACAGAAUGACUUCAGUCGGCCACCAACCCCUCCACCCCUGCCACCGCCAUUUCCUUUAUUUCAAAUGGCUUAUAGAGGUCUGGGGCCGGCAAUGCUGGAUUCAACCGUAAGAGAACCUCCAUUCAAGGGUGGGUCUCAAUUCCAUACAGUGAAUGAUCACUCUUCUCAAAGAAAUUCUUCCCACAGGGGUAACUUUGGGCCCCGCCCCUAUGGAGAUGCAAUGCAUCGCAAUGGUCAUGGAGUAAGACACAAUCAGGGGCGUGAAUGGAAUGGUCCUCGAGGUUCUAAUGCACGGGAUGUGCAUAUGCCGCAGCAGAUGGCUCCCCCUCCUCCGAGGGGAUUUAUACAAUCACCACCCCCCAGUCCUUCCCCUUUCAUUGCACCCUCUCCUGUGAGACCCUAUGCGAACCCUAUGGGUUUUGAUAUGGUAGGUCCAUUCUAUUAUCUCCCAACACUGCCUCCGGACUCCUUCAGAGGUGUGCCUUUUGUUGCUCAUGGCUCGCCCCCACCACCGCCGCCGCCGCCAAUGUUUUACCCUCUAGUGGAUCUUUCUUUGCCUGCUUUGUUACUCAAUCAGAUAGACUAUUAUUUCAGUGAUGAGAACUUGGUAAAAGACAAUUUUUUAAGGUCGAAAAUGGAUGAUCAUGGUUGGGUUCCCAUCACUUUAAUUGCUAGCUUUCCUCGAGUUCAGUGUUUGACAAGCAACAUCCAGUUUAUUUUGGAUUCGUUGCGAGCCUCAACAGUUGUGGAAGUACAGGGAGACAAGGUAAGGAGGCAUAAUGAGUGGAGGAAGUGGUUACCCGCUAAUGCUCGGUUUCCGACUGACUCAGGCUCACAGUCACCGGGUGGAUCAACUGACGAUGUGCUGGCUGCUUCUUUCCAGGUGGUCUCACUGAACGGAGUGACUACAGACCAAAAUAGUAAUUUGGGUGCCGCAGAUAAUCAUGUAGAAGUAUUUCCAGGUAGAUAUUCAUCUGAGGAGUUGACUGGCCAGUCUAGUUUGGCUAAUGGGGAGUGUAGUGCUGAAGAAGCAUAUUCAAGUGUAAUAUGAAUUCAAGCCAUGAACAAGAAAUUUGCAUAUUCAGCCAAGGUUGGUAGAGUUUAUCUUAGAUGGUUCUUGGGUUGCGAGGUGGUG